CACUGACGACUGCUCGCCAAACUGUGUUUAUAAGGAAGCACAUCUGUCAACGAGAUGCUGCUGCCAACAGAAUUGCAGCAAUUCUGUCGUCGGUCAUUUGUAAUUUAUCGUCGUCAGAGAUCGUUUCCGCCGUGAGGGAAUAUUUUGAUCAUAUCUCGGAAAAAAAGUCUCUUCCCUGUUGCCUGUGAUCGUGUUCUGCCUCAUGACCUUCAUCCGGAUCUCUGACUGCCUCCCUCGAUCCUCGACCCAUGCUUGGACACGGACAUCGUUGCCUCUCUCCGACCCUCGACUGCUUGCCUCCCUGCUGACUGCCUUUCGCCUUGCCCCCUUGAUUUGGCAAAAGAUUCAUCCAACACAGACAACAAACACUGCAUUUAAGAGAGGAGAAGGAGCAAGGAAGGGAAGGGAGAGUUGGAGUGAAGAGAGCGGAGCGGAAGCGAAGACGAACGAGUCGAAGAAAACAAACGAGACGAGCGAACGAUGAGCCCCCGAGGAAGACUGAGUCACCGGCGACCGAAAGGCCAGCCGAGACGAGCAACAGAGGAGGAAGUGCUGGAAAUCGGCGCGAUCGACUGUGACGCAGAAUUGUUUAUUGAAAUAAUAAACGAGAGUCAAACCUGCUCAGCGAUGUCCUUCCUAGAUGAUCCAUGCAAUCCACGCUACGACGGUCAGAGUCGUUCACAACUGGUGCCCAACGCAGGUGGAUCAUUGGAGGCAGAAGAGGACGACUUCCUCUGGACGCUCGUCGCGAAGUUCAGCAGACUGGCGGAAGAAAAGCGUCAGCAUUGCCAGCUUAUGCAAACACUGGUGGACCAAAUGGGGGGAGGGGGCGAGUGCCCCCCCAAAGAAGUAGUCAAGGACAAUGCAAGUGAAGACCGGCUGAAACCUCCUACUUGGAAGGCUGGGCUGGAUAGGCGGCAGUGGCGUCUGCAGACCAGCAGGGCGAGCUGUCGGCCAAAGAGAGAGAGGCAACGCCGAGGACGGCCUCGUGACCCACCUCAGCGCCCCGCCGUCGACUCGCCCCGCGAUGGUGGGGCGGGGGUUUGGAAAGGACCAAGUCUCCCGUUUGGAAACUCAAGAAAUUGAGAAAGAAGAAGAAAUACUUGAAGAAAUUCGGGAAAAUGAUGAAGAUGAAGAAGGAGUUGAAGAUGAAGAAGAAUUUGAAACUCGAGAAAUUGAAAAAGAAGAAAUACUUGAAGAAAUUCGGGAAAAUGAUGAAGAUGAAGAAGAAGUUGAAGAUGAAGAAGAAGUUGAAACUCAAGAAAUUGAAAAAGAAGAAGAAAUACUUGAAGAAAUUUGGGAAAAUGAUGAAGAUGAAGAAGAAGUUGAAGAUAAAGAAGAUGAAGAAGAAGUUGAAGAAACUCAAGGAAUUGAGAAAGAAGAAGAAAUAGUUGAAGAAACUCAAGAAAUUGAGAGAGGAAGAAAUACGUGAAAAAAUUCAGGAAAAAGACAAAGAUGAAGAAGAAUUUAAAGUAGAAGAAGUGGAAGAAACUCAAGAAAUUGAGAAAAAAGAAGAAAUACUUGAAGAAAUUCAAGAAAAGGACAAAGAAGUCAAAAAGGACAAAGAAGUCAAAGAGGACAAAAAAUAAGUCAAAGAGGACAAAGAAUAAGUCAGAAAGGCCAAAGAAUAAGUCAGAGGAUGAAGAAUAAGUCAAAGAGGACAAAGAAGAAGUCAAAGAGGACAAAGAAGAAGUCAAAGAGGACGAAGAAGAAGUCAAAGAGGACAAAGAAGAAGUCAAAGAGGACAAAGAAGAAGAUAAACAAAAAGGAAGGGACAAAGGAAAAGGCAAAGAAGGCAAGGAGAAGACAGGUGGCCGGGGCAGUUGUUUUACCUUGCUCCUUCAGAAAAGGGAGGGGGGAGUAUGCUCAGCCGGGCUUGAGUUUGCGAGAACUGUGGAGAGCCGGAGCCGACGGGCCGACAGUGGGGAAGGGCAAACCGUGGUCCUAAUCAAGUUGGCGGCCAGGAGGCGGAGGAUGCAGCGGAACAAGGAGGCGGGGCGUGCCUGGAGCAACGUCACCAUAAUCAAAGUCAGGUGCAUAACACACACACCGGGUCUCAAUCUGUCCAUCUCCUCACAGCAUUUAAGAUAGGAGAAGGAGAAAGGAGGGGAGGGAGAGUUGGAGUGAAGAGAGCGGAGCGGAAGCGAAGACGAACGAGACGAGCAAAUGAUGAUACCCGAGGAAGACGGAGUCACCGGUGACCGAAAGGCCAGCUGAGACGAGGAGCAGAGAAGGAAGCGCUGGAAAUUGGCACGAUCGACUGUGACAUAGAAUUGUUUAUUGAAAUAAUAAACGAGAGUCAAACCUGCUCAGCGAUGUCCUUCCUAGAUGAUCCAAGCAAUCCACGCUACGAUGGUCGGAGUCGUUCACACCAACAUUUUGUCAAUGAAUAAAAACAAUACAAAAAUGUUAAAAGAAACAAAAUACAUUCGUAUUUAUUUUGUCUUGUAGGCAAG